AUGCCCGUUUGGAGGCGGCUCCUCGUCUCCUUGAGGGAGCCCCAGCGGGCAGAGUUCCGGGAGGCUGCGGGUACAACCGGCUGCCCGGGCUCUCUCGGGGGACGUCCCUCCCGGCCAGCCUCCGUUCUGCCUCCCGGGCACGGGAAGGCCCAGCUGCUGGCCACUCAGUGGGAGCUGCUGCUCGUCCGGCAGCCUUUUCCACGUUUCUGGCUCUGGGACGCUUGGAGUGGGCCGUCUGGCGGCCUUCGGGGAGAGGUAGAGGGGCCGGAAGGGCGAGCGGCUCGUCCUCUCCUCGUCGCCUCUCGGGGGAGCCCAGGCAGCCCAGAAGGGAAGCCGAGCCGGGAUCGGCCCCCCCAACGCACCCGAAGUCAGACACCAGCAGCCGCUGCUCCAAGGCCUCCUGGGCCACACCGUCCUCCUGGGCCCAGCUCGCUGGGCUGCCUCGGGUCGGACUGGGCCGCUGACUCCUUGAGCCCGAGUGCAGGAUUCCGAUCUUACCCCGCCUUGUCUGGGCGGACCUGGUUCCUGCUUUACGCAUGUGAUCAGAGUGGGAAGGCCUUCCGCCGUGGCUCAUCCCUCAUUUCUCACUUCAUGAGUCAUAGUAGGGAGAAGCCCUACGAGGUUCAGGACUGCAGGAAGGCCUUCCCCGAGAGGCAGAAGCUCACUCAGCAUCAGAGAAUGCACACCAGAGAGAAGCCGUACAAACAUAAGGAAUGUGGGAAAGGCUUCGACUGUACUCCCCCCCCCCCUCCUCGACACCACAUCAUCCAUACCGGAGAGAAACCUUGUGAAUACGGUGACUGUGGGAAGGCCUUCAACCGAAGUGCAACUCUCACUGGACACCAGGUGAUUCACGCCGGGGAGAAACCUUCUGGGGGUAACGAGGGCGGGAAGGCCUUCCGCCAGAAGAGGACUUAUUCGACACCAGAGAGUUCACGCCAGAGAAAACCUUCUAAAUGUCAUCAAUGUGGGAAAGUCUUCUGCCUGAACAACCAGCUGACCCAACCCCAGAUGAUUCACAUGGAGGAGAAAGGCAGAGGCAAAGCCCACCCCUGUUCCGUCUCCUCCCAGUUGAGCAGCCCAAGAUCCUCUCCUCUUUGA